AUGACAUGGUUUUGUAGAGAAUUCAAUAAGGAAUCUCUUGGAAAAAAAUUUGGAUCGAUAGGAUAAAAGCCGGCGGAGUUAUAUUCAAAAUACGGGAGUGCGUUUAUUUAUGCGCCACCCGUUAUAUAACAAAGUUUUAUUUAUACCUUCAGGUUGGUGUCUAUACUAUAACGGCCUUGAGUGUUGAACGUUACAUCGAUGUGACAGAGACAAAUCGUCGAUAUAAUGAUCAAAUGAAAUUAAUUAUUGUUUUACUUUAUAUCGUUAUAUUAUGGAUAUGUGCAAUUUGUUUCCCAUUACCAAUGUCAUCAUCAAUUUUUGUUAAUAAUCGAACAAGUUCUAUUCGAAGUAAUAAUUAUACAGGUCAAAAUCGAACACGUUCAAUAAAAACAACGACAAUUGUUAGUGAAUGUAAAUCAACAUGGACAAAUGCUGAUCAAUCAAAAUUUGUUAAUAUUAAAUUUGUUUCCGCUUUUCUUCUACCAUCAUUUAUUACUUGUACAUUUUCAUUUCGUCUUAUUCUAUUUUUACAUCGAUGGUCAAAACAAAAAACUUAUCGUCGUACAUCUUAUUCAAAUGCAUUUCGUACUGUUAAUGUUUAUAAACGUCGUGCCACCACACUUGUACUGAUUAUUAUUAUCAUUUUUUUUCUUUUAUGGUCACCAUUUUGGAUUUUACAAUUAUAUGAUUCAUUAAAUACACAUCCUACACGUUAUAUUCAAAUAUUAAAUUUUCUUACACUUGUACUAGUAUAUGCUAAUGGAUUUUUAAAUCCACUUUUAUAUUUAAUAUUGACACAAAAUUUUCGUGAAUAUAUGAAAAAUAUUAAAUGGAUUCGAUUAUUUCGUGUAAAGCAAGCAAGACAAAAAUAUACAUUUAUACUUGUAGAAAAUGGAUUACAACAUACUCAAAGUGUUAGUAUCUUAAAACAAAAUACACCAAGUAAACAAGACUUUAUUGAACAAAGUUCAUUGUAA